AUGAACGCUGAAGACGCGCUAUUAGCCCGAGAAGAUAGGCCCAAGAAAAGAGACCGACAAGAAGACCCCCAACAGGACCAGGGGCGGAAGAAAGGCAGGAUGGGAGACCGAAGGGAGGAGAGACGCCCUAAACCCAUGGGCGGAAGGUUCACAAGUUUCACCCCGUUAACCACCCCAAUGGACCAAGUCCUAAUGCAGAUUAAGGACGAGGAGGCCCUGACGUUUCCAGGAAAGCUGAAGAGUGAUCCCAACAAACGAUCCAGGGAUAAAUAUUGCUGCUUCCACCGUGACCAUGGUCACGACACAGCUGAUUGCUACGACUUGAAGCAGCAAAUUGAAGCCCUUAUCCAACAAGGAAAGCUGCAAAAGUUCGUCAGUAAGGAGAGAACGGAUCCACCCCCACAAGAACAACACCCUCGGCGAGAGAACGAGCGACCAAGACCUCCCAUAGGGGACAUAAGGAUGAUAGUUGGAAGAACAGUUGCAGCCGGGUCUUCAAAAAAGGCCCGCAAAACGUACCUCCAGAUGGUGCAGAGCGUCCAGUUGACGGGCACCGUGCCAAAGAUAGCAAGGAAAGAAUGCCCCAUUAUCGGGUUCUCAAAGGAAGAUGCAUGA